GUGCGGGCGGCGGAGGGGCGCCCUGGGCUCGGUGCUGGGGCCCCGCUGAGCGCGCCGCCACGGCAGGGAUCCAGGGCCGGCGGAGGCCGCCCCGGGAAUGCUCUCGCUCCGCCUCAACAUGGCUGCGGCCUUGCGAACCGCGGGCGCUCUGCUCCGCGACCGAAUGGUGCCUGGCAGCUCAAGGGCCCGACAGCCAUGGAGGUGCCAAUCAGAUGCAGCAGCCGCAGCAGUAGCCACCACAGAAACAGCCCAAAGUGCCAGAAGCCCAAAACCUCAAGUUCAACCGGGGAAGAGGAAGCCGAAGACUGGGAUACUGAUGCUAAACAUGGGGGGCCCUGAAACCCUCGGAGACGUCCACGACUUCCUCCUGAGGCUCUUCUUGGACCGAGACCUAAUGACACUUCCUAUUCAAAAGCUGGCACCAAUCAUCGCCAAACGUCGAACCCCCAAAAUCCAGGAGCAGUACCGCAGGAUUGGCGGCGGAUCCCCCAUCAAGAUGUGGACUUCCAAGCAAGGAGAAGGCAUGGUGAAGCUGCUGGACAAGAUGUCCCCACACACAGCCCCUCACAAAUACUAUAUUGGAUUCCGGUACGUCCACCCUUUAACAGAAGAAGCAAUUGAAGAGAUGGAGAGAGAUGGGCUUGAAAGGGCUAUUGCUUUCACGCAGUACCCACAGUACAGCUGCUCUACCACAGGGAGCAGCCUAAACGCCAUUUACAGAUACUAUAAUGGAGUGGGGAAGAAGCCCAUGAUGAAGUGGAGCACAAUUGACAGGUGGCCCACGCAUCCCCUCCUCAUUCAGUGCUUCGCAGACCACAUUCGGAAAGAGCUGGACUGUUUUCCACCCGAGAAGAGGAGCGAGGUGGUCAUUCUUUUUUCUGCCCACUCACUGCCAAUGUCUGUGGUCAACAGAGGGGACCCCUAUCCUCAGGAGGUGGGCGCCACUGUCCAGAAAGUCAUGGAGAAGCUGGGUCACUCCAACCCCUACCGGCUGGUUUGGCAGUCCAAGGUUGGUCCGAUGCCCUGGCUGGGUCCUCAGACAGACGAGACCAUCAGAGGGCUUUGCGAGCGGGGGUGGAAGAAUAUCCUCCUGGUCCCCAUUGCGUUUACCAGCGAUCACAUUGAAACACUGUAUGAACUGGACAUCGAGUACUCUCAAGUUCUAGCUAACGAGUGUGGAGUUGAAAACAUCAGAAGAUCCGAGUCUCUUAAUGGAAAUCCAUUGUUCUCUGAGGCCCUGGCCGAUUUGGUGCACUCACACAUCCAAUCAAACGAGCUGUGCUCCAAGCAGCUGGUUCUGAGCUGCCCGCUCUGCGUAAAUCCUGUCUGCAGGGAGACUAAAUCCUUCUUCACCAACCAGCAGCUGUGACACCCGCCAGAGGACCCCGUGGGAUUAGGCAGAUGCCAACCUGCAGAUACCUCUGACUCGGAGGAUGCAUUGAGAGCCUGAGGAAGGGGGUCACAUUAGGGCACGGGCAGCCUUUGGGCACACAUCCUGUGAUUUCUUGAGGAACGACUCUGAAAUCCCGAUUGAGGGUUUUCUACUUUAUAUGCCAAUGCAGUAAACACGUAUUAGUAAACACAAGUUUCUCAUUGGAAAUGGCCACUAUGCUAUUUAAACACUGAAUUUUAAAAAUGUAUCUUAUGAGAGGCACACAUAUUUUAAAUAUAGAUUUUGGUUUUAUUGCCCCCCAAAAACCUGCAAGGGGACGGAGGGUCCCGGCUGUGGGCUGUCAGUGUGAAUGAGGUCUGCUUACAGGCCUCAUGCAUAUAGUUGUUUUGUUUGUUUUUAAGUGGACAUAGUUGAGCAAAUGCAAUAUAAUUUGAAAAAGAAAUGUUACCUAAUCUUUCCUAGGCCCGUGGGUUACAGGAUGCUGGUGAGGGCCGCUUUUGCCAGUGCUGUGACCUUUCAUGGUUAUUUGGUUCUAGUGUGUGAACCUCUCUUUCCUCACCAUCAAACCAAAUCCAGGCAGAUUCCAAAAGUGCUCUGAGCUUCCGAGGCGCACAAGACUGAUAAGCGUGUGGAAGUCCAGCCUCUGUCAUUGGUGGCUGGAGGGAGUCUGUGCCACGGGAACAGGGCUCCCGCUGCCUCUUGUCUCUGAGGACUCGAAGCCGGGGAAUGCUGAUGGUGCCAUUCACUGUUCAAGCUCCUCCCAGGACCCUGGACCUUUCCCUCAACCAUCUUCUUUAUCUUGGUUGACUGUCUCCUUUCUGCACAUUGUUUGAAGAAUUGUUUUUAUAAAGUUAACUGUGUUUCGUAACCUUGAAUUUUCUUAAUUUACGAUUUUAAUUACAAAAUUAUAUUACAUGCAAUUGGAAAUUUGAAAAGUAGAGAAAAGAAAAAUAACCAUUCUAAUGCAGCAGCUAGUACAUCAUAUUAUCUUUCAUGUCAUUCUUUUCCUGUGGGUGUUUUUAAUGCCAUUAUAACCUUGAAUCUGAGUGAAAAGUUCUAAAAAUGUAGAAAUAAUAUAGGAUCAGAGUCUGAUCUUCUGUACUUGGAUUUGAAUGGAUUAAAAACGUCUGAUAGAUCCAUAA